UGGCAUUAGAAGUAAACCAAACUUUUGAGCCAAAAACGUCUACCCUAUGGCUUCUCUAUCCCAUCCACCAUCUCUCACCACAUAUUUCCCAUCAUCCAAUUCCUUUCUCCCAAAAACAAAAACCCUUCCCAAUAACAUUUCUCCUCGUAUAAUCUCAUGUAACACUGUCAAUCACAAUGACCAAAAUACCCCCAAACCCAAAAUUGAUAGAAGAGACAUUCUCGUUGGCCUUAGCGGACUCUACGGAGCUUCAACUCUCUACAAAAAUUCCAAUUUUGCCCUCGCCGCACCCAUCCAAACCCCCAACAUCAGCAAGUGUGGCCCAGCAGACCUGCCACCUGGCGCCGAUUCAACCAACUGCUGUCCACCACCCGCCACCAGAAUCCUCGACUUCCAGCCACCGGCACAAGAAAAAUUACGGGUCCGACCAGCCGCCCAUUUAGUCGACAAAAACUACAUAGAAAAAUAUAAAAAAGCCGUUGAGUUAAUGAAAGCACUGCCAGAAAAUGACCCACGUAGCUUUACUCAACAAGCAAAUGUUCACUGUGCUUAUUGUAAUGGAGCGUACGAUCAAGUUGGGUUUCCGGUUGAGGUUCAAGUUCAUAAUUCGUGGCUGUUUUUUCCAUUCCAUAGAUUAUAUCUUUACUUUCAUGAGAAGAUAUUGGGGGAAUUGAUCGGGGAUCCAAAUUUUGCUUUGCCAUUUUGGAAUUAUGAUGCUCCAGGAGGAAUGAGAAUGCCGGAGAUGUAUGCGGAGGAGAAAUCUUCGCUUUAUGAUGAACUACGGAAUGAAAAUCAUGUGCCGCCAAGAUUGGUGGAUUUGGAUUUCGGUCGAGUUGAUCCUAAUAUUGGUGAUGAUGCGCAGAUUAGGAGUAAUCUUAGUAUUAUGUAUCGGCAGAUGGUUUCUAACAGUCGUACGCCUUCGCUGUUUUUCGGUAGCGCCUAUAGAGCGGGUGACGAGCCAUCACCAGGUGGUGGGUCAAUAGAGAACAUUCCACACGGUCCGGUUCACGUAUGGUGCGGCGACAACAACGAACCCAACGGUGAGAACAUGGGAAACUUCUACUCUGCCGCCAGAGAUCCCAUUUUUUACGCCCACCACUCCAACAUCGACCGCCUUUGGUCUGUUUGGAAGACCCUCGGCGGCCGACGACAAGACCUCCAAAACCCCGAAUGGCUCAACACCUCUUUCAUUUUCUACAACGAGAAAGCCGAAGCUGUCCGAGUUCGAGUUCGCCAGUCUCUCGACUCCAAAAUCCUCGGCUACGUCUACCAAGACGUCGACGUCCCAUGGCUCCAAACCCGCCCCACUCCUCGCCGAGCCCAAAAAACCGUCGCCAAUAACAACAUUAUUCUCCCUUUUAGCAUCGGCCCCGCCCUUGCUGCUGGCCCCUCCUCCAGCCGUGUGAGACCGGCUAACAUCAAGUUCCCGAUAACUGUAAAGUCGGCGGUUAGCGUGGAAGUGAAGAGGCCAAAGAAAUCGAGGAGCAAGAAGGAGAAAGAGGAGGAAGAGGAGAUUUUGGUAAUUUAUGGAAUUGGAUUUGAUCCUAACCAAGGAAUAAAAUUCGAUGUUUUUAUUAACGAUGAAGAUGACAAAGAAAUUAGACCUGAUAAUACUGAGUUUGCGGGCAGCUUUGUGAACGUACCACAUAAGCUCGGGCACAAGAAGACGGUGAAGACCGGACUUAGGUUGGGAAUAACUGAAAUACUUGAAGAUUUGGAAGCUGAUGAUGACGACAGCGUCAGGGUUACUAUCGUUCCUAGGCUUGGAGCUGGGUUGUUCUCCAUUGAUGGGAUUAAGAUCGUAUGUGAUAAAUAAUUUUAACUCUUGGGAUUAUUGAUAAUUAGGGUUUAAUUAAAGUGUAUAAUUAAUUAAACCUUUAUUUAUUUGUGGUGUUUUUUUGUAUUCAAUAAUUUGGGAUAAGAGUGUUUUUUAAGACAUUUUUAAGUCGUUUUGUUCAAUAAUUAUUCCAAAGAACUUUUUAUUUGAUGCAAAA